AUGAGUUCAAGAGGUACAAGCAUAGGUGAGCAGACUGAGAUAACAAAUAAGUUUAAUAUCAUAAAAGAAGUGUACAUUCCUCUGUUGGACGAAAUGCUUGGUCGGUGGGAUUGCAGAAUUCAGCAGCUACCUAUUUCUUCAGAAAAUCUUCCUUCUCACCUGAAGCCUGAUGAGAUUGGGUAUAUCCAAAAGUAUAAAACAGAUUUGGAAUUCGCACGAUAUUCUUUGCAAAUAUGUCCUCGUGGUUCUAUGGAUGAUGCAAUUCGUUGGGAGAAAAAAAUUGUUGGAUAUCUGAAUUUGCCGAAUGUCAUGGCAGCUGUUCAAUUACCCGGUUACCUGUUGUCGCAGUUGCAAAUUCCUAGAAUGAAACAGCAUGACAGCAACCAGAACGAUUCUGAGAAGUCAGUUUCAACAAUGACACCUAUAGAACGAUUAGUUAAAGCGGUAGAGAGAUCGUCACCUAAAGCAUUAAGUGCAGGCGGUCGAUGA